AUGGUGGUGGCGGCGGCGGCUGGCGACCCUCGGCGGGUCCGCAACACCUGCAUCAUGGCGCACGUGGACCACGGGAAGACCACGCUGGCCGACCACCUUGUGGCGUACGGCGGCGGCGGCCUCCUCAACCCGAGCAUGGCCGGCAAGGCCCGCUUCAUGGACCACCUGCGGGAGGAGCAGGAGCGGGCCAUCACGAUCAAGUCCGCCUCCGUCUUGCUCCGCCACCGCGACGGCACCCGCGUCCACCUCAUCGACUCCCCCGGCCACGCCGACUUCUGCUCCGAGGUCUCCGCCGCCGCCCGGGUGGCCGACUCGGCGCUCAUCGUUGUCGAUGCCGUCGAUGGCCUCGGCGUCCAGACGCACGCCGCGCUGCGCAAGGCCUUCGCCGAGCGCCUCCGCCCCUGCCUCGUCCUCAACAAGCUCGACCGCCUCAUCACCGACCUCCGCCUCGAUCCCGGGGACGCCUACGACCGCCUCCACGGCAUCGUCGCCGAGGCCAACUCCGUCUACUCCACCCUGCGCUCCGGCUCCUACUUGUCCUCCCUCGACGGGCCCACCCCCGCCCAGCAGGACGACGACGGCGGCGAGGACACCUUCGUGCCUCACAAGGGCAAUGUCGUCUUCGGCUGCGCCCGUGGCGGCUGGGGCUUCCGGAUCCAGGAUUUCGCCGCCGUCAUGGCCAUGGGGCGGCCUGGCGAGGCCGGCAAGCUGGUGAGAUGGCUAUGGGGGGCGUACUACUGGGAUAAGGAGAAGAAGAAAGCUAUGGCAUUGGCCGACGGCAUGAAGCAGCAGCCCAUGUUUGUGGAAUUUGUGCUCAGGCGAUUGUGGAAGGUAUAUGAUCAUGGUUUGAAGGUGGACGGCGCAACCUGGCUGCGCGAUCAUGUUGUCCACACCUUUAAUCUGAAAGUAUCAGAACGGGAGUUGCAGAGCAAGGAUCGCCCCAAGGCCGUGCUGGAAGCCGUGAUGAGGGCAUGGCUGCCGCUUGCGGAGACAGUGAUGACGAUGAUUGUGGAGUGCACGCCAGACCCCGUCGCCGCCCAGAGAUUCAGAGCGCCGGCACUUAUGCCGGAGAGGGAGCUGUCGACAUGGGUUUCGACAGAGCAUGCCGGCAUCAUCGCCGAGACGGAGAAGGUGAGGAGGUGUGUGGUGGCCUGCAGCGCAAGCUCAAGUGCCCCUGUGGUGGUCUUUGUUUCCAAGAUGUUUGUGGUGAAACACAAGGAUCUGCCACCCACCCUCAACCACGGCCAAGAUACUACUGGUGAGCCGGAGGAGUGCUUCUUGGCAUUUGCGCGGGUCUUCAGCGGUGUCUUGCAUGCCGGGCAGAAGGUGUUUGUGUUGUCAUCCAUGUAUGAUCCGGUUAAAGGGGACACAACAGGCAAGCAUCUGAAGGAGGUGGAGGUUCAGCAGCUGUAUGAGAUGCUAGGAGAGGGCCUCAGGCCAGUGGCCACCGUAGGUACCGGGAAUGUGGCCGCCAUCAAGGGCAUUGGUGAGCAUAUAAUGAAGACGGCCACACUGUCGUCAACGAGGAACUGCUGGCCCUUUGCGAGCAUGGCGUUCCAGGUCUCUCCGAUACUGAAGGUCGCGAUCGAGCCUGCCAAUGUAGCUGACCUGAAUGCAUUUCGUCAAGGGCUUAGCCUUCUCAACCGGGCAGACCCACUUGUCGAGUAUUCCAUAUCAGAAAAGGGUGAGCAUGUCCUUGCUGCAGCUGGGAAGGUACAUCUGGAGCAUUGUGUAAAGAAUUUGCGGGAGAGGUUCGCCAAAGUCGAAUUGAAUGUCUCGGAGCCCUUGGUAUCCUUCAAGGAGACCAUCCAAGGGGAAGGUGUUGGUUUGAUAGAUAGCUUGAAGGAUCCACAGGGAUAUGUUGAGAGGAUUGCUCCAGAUGGGAAAUUUGCUGUGAGAGUCAAAGUCAUCAGGCUUCCAGAUGCUCUGGUUAAGGUCCUUGAGGAAAACGAGGAAUUGCUUUCUCUAACAAUUAAGGGGCAAACCGCGAGAAGCGACGGAGCAAUAGGUUCACAAUGUCCUCGAGAUGAUGAUGGUUCCAUGGCAGUGCUUAGGCAAGAUAUGCUCAGUGCUGUAGAGAGCGAACUUGAAGCGCUCUCUGCGCAUGCGGAUGAAGUUAAGCUCGAGUGGUAUAGGAAGACACUGUUGGGAUACUUGCACAAAAUCUGUGCCCUAGGCCCUUCGGAGGUCGGUCCGAAUCUCCUCCUCAUGCCCGGUGUGAAAUUAAGCAGCAGUUUGACAACCAUCCAAAAUGGAAGGGGAGGUAUUCUAGUGCACGGCACGUAUCAUGUCUCAGAGAAACUGGGGUUUGUGAGCGUGUCUAAUGAAGCAGAGAUUAGCAACGGCAUUAUCGACGACAGUGAGCCAUCCACAGAUGUUCCUGAUCCUGAGGCACUAAAGAACAUCAUCAUCUCAGGAUUUCAGGAGGUCACAAAUGCAGGGCCCUUGUGUGAUGAACCUAUGUGGGGUCUGGCAUUCAUCGUUGAACCCUACGUAUUCUCUGGCAGCCCAGAUAGUGUCAACUACUCUUAUCAGCACAAAGCGGCAGUCAGGGAAGCGUGCCGGGCAGCCGUGCUUCAGAGCAAGCCCAGGCUUGUCGAACCCAUGUACUUUUGUGAAGUGACCACUCCUAUAGAGCGCCUAGGAAGCGUCUAUUCUGUUCUUGGUGAUUGUCGAGCAAAGGUGCAGGAAUCUGAGAUGCAACUAGAGACUUUCCUGUACAUGGUGCACGCGCAUUUGCCGGUUGCCGAGAGCUCUGAAUUCUCUGAAAAGCUUUGGAACGGAAGUUCAGGUGCGGCCACUGCUCGUCUCACUUUCAGUCACUGGGAAGCUAUUCCUCAAGACCCCUUCUUUGUUCCGAAGACUAAGGAGGAGAUUGAGGAAUUCGGAGAUGGUUCAAACAUGGGACCAAACUUGGCUAAGAAGCUCAUCGAUUCCGUGAGGCGAAGAAAAGGACUACAUGUCGAUGAUAAAGUCGUCAAGCAUGGGACGAAACAGCGGACUCGGGCUAAGAAAGUGUAG